AGAACUUGAUGUCCAGCCCUCCCACAAGCCGUCCUGCUACAAACCCUUGGCUAGAUGAACCAGAAGAGUUCCAAAGUAUGGGCAACCAAAAUCUACGUACACACCAACAGAGAGUUAUUGCACAGCAAGAUGAAGGUCUUGAUGCAUUAUCACGUGUCAUUUCUCACCAAAAACAAAUGGCAGUGGACAUUGGCAAUGAAUGUGAUACACAGAAUGAAAUUAUUGAUGACAUAGGGGACCAUAUGGACAAAAUUAAUGAACGACUUAUUAAGGAGACAAGACACAUCAAAAUUGUUGACAAGAAGUCCAACACUUGCUGGUACUGGAUUAUAAUCGUGCUGUUAUUCAUUGCUAUUGUUGUUGUGGCUGCCGUUCCCACCUAACUUGCCAGCCGAUGAUGCGGCGUGGGAGUGGGUACCCUUAUCUUUCCAGCCAGAUCCACCGACACCGAAGCCGCAUCAAGCCCCUACACAUUGAACAUAUAUCUAUAUAUAUAUAAAUCGAAACAAAAAAGUUGUAAUUUUAAUUAUUUCCAUAUUUUUCCAUUUUAAUAUAAGUACCUAUGAAAUGACUUAACAGUCACGUAUUUGUGGAAUAAAUCUCUCCAGAAACUUUUAGACUUUAAAAAAUA